AUGAACCCGCAGGGCCAGCCUGUGCAGGGGCAGCCGAACGCGAUGGCUGCCCAACAAGGUUCCGUAGGCCAUCCAGCUGCGGCUACUCAGCGAUCAAUGUACCGACCGGAGAUGAUGCGAAACCUUCCUAUCCUCAAUGAGGACGAAAAGAACAAAUACGAGCGUGGCCUUAGGGCGCUGUGGACUACCAUGGAAGGCAACCCCGAGGAUUCGGCGCAGCAUCAAGACGCGAAAAAGAAGAUUCAAGACUUCACCAAGAUGCUUAUGGGGAAGCUGCAGGCGCGUCGGUUGCAGCAGCAGCAGCAGCAGCAGCAGCUCCAACAGCAACAACUUCAACAGCAGCAAAAUCCACAGCAACAAAGUCAACAGCAACAAAGUCAACAGGCUCAGCAAAAUCAACCGCCUCAGCCAAAUCAACAGCCUCAGCCAAAUCAACAGCCUCAGCAAAACCAACAACCUCAGCAAAAUCCACAGGCCCAGCAAAGUGUGCAACAGAACCAACCUCCCUCCCAGCCACAGACCAACGUGGUCCCCGCACAGCCCGCUGCUUCUGACACCGCCUCUGGCCCUCAAGAACCCGCAGUUAAGACGGAAAUGGCAGGGGGCAAUUCGUCGUCGAAGCCUGCUGGUCCUCCCGGCACCGCGAGCGAGCCGCCGUCGGCUCCAGGUCUCGCAUCCGCAAAUCCAACCAUGCCACAGCAACCGGCCCCUCAGCCCUCUCAGCAGCCGACAAACUCCAUUCCUGAGCAUAUUCUGAACCAUGUACGAUCCAUGACCUUCAAUCCCCCGGUUCAGAUCGCCGAGAAGGGCCAAGAGGCUGCCUCAAAGUGGACCAACGAAAUGCGGCACCGCUACGUCCGCUCGCUGAUGCAGAUGGAGCAUGCCGGGACUCAAAUCCGAAAGAUCAAUAGCGCCAUCAAAGAUCGUCAAGAGAAAGGAAACCCACCAAGUCCCGAGGAGAUGAAGCAGCUUCAGAUCAGAAGAGAUCACAAUCAGAAGCUGUAUCACGAUGCCCAGCAGUUCGUCCACAGCUUCAGAAAAGCCCAGGAAAUUACUAAGGCCAGUGCACAAAACGCGGCGGGAGCCGCUCGACCUCCCCAGCAGAAUAGCACGGGGGCGGCUGGGCCUGGUUUGCAGCCUGCCCCAACCGCCGGCCAGGGUAAUUUACCCCAAACUGGUAGUCACCCACCGGGCCCUGGGGUGCAGAACGUACAGAACGUGCAGAACCAGCAGGCGCCUGGCAAUGCCGAGGCCGCAAAAGGUCAGCAGGCAGGGCCGCCAAUACAAGCCCGGGGCGCAAACGGCGCCCCGAUGCAGCAACCGCAAGCACAACCUCAGGUAAUGGGACAGCAGGCAUCAGUCGUGACCACACAGCCAACGGCUGCCGGACUAUCACAACCUGCCGUCCCUUCCACCCAACCCCACCAAGCAGCAAAUACCCCUGCGGCCCCCGUCGCGGCAGCACCUUCAUCGACGCCUGCGCAGCAAGGUUCCACCCGGAUUCAGACGCCGCAAACCGGAAUCCCGGGCGCCAGUGGCCAAGCACUCACCCACUCGGCUGCCGUCUCCCGAGCAAACCAACGCGUCAAUCCACAGUCUUCUACAAACCUGCCAGGCCAGGCAGGUAUGGGCACACCUGGUACAUCUGGCGUAUCCGGUUCUAUUGGCCAGGGAGUUAUGGGCUCCGGUGCUGUCAGCAGCAACAGCUCUCAACAAGGCCAUCCCCACCUCCACCCGGCUCAGCCUUCGCAGCAACCACAACCCUUACAUCCCAAACUUCCAAUCCCCAAGCAGCUGCACGAGAAAGCCACCCAACCUCCACAGCCAGUCAACAUAACCGGCGGCGCGGGAGCUGGUCGACCCACUUACACCGGCGGAAACGGCAUCGCAGGGGGUGUUAUGGGCCAAGCCGCGAUGCAGAAGAUUCCGGUCUACUCACAUGAGGCGGAGGGCGACCAUGUUCUGAGCAAGAAGAAGCUCGACGAGCUCGUUCGUCAAGUAUGCGGUGGUACAGCUGAGGGACAGGAAGGCAAUUUACUAAGUCCUGAAGUCGAAGAGAGCGUUCUUACCAUGGCGGACAGCUUCGUUGACAACGUUCUUAAUGCUGCCUGUCGCCUUGCGAAGGAACGGGGCUCUAAGGUGCUGGAGAUCCGCGACAUUCAACUCGUGCUUGAGCGCACGUACAACAUCCGCGUGCCGGGCUACUCCUCGGACGAGCUACGUACCGUGCGGAAGGUACAACCGGCGCCUGCGUGGAUUACCAAGAUGAGCGCCAUCCAGGCUGCGAAGGUCACUUCUGGUAAGACCGAAUAG